GAAAACAAUUAGCAGGUGCAAUACAUUGGAUACACACAGGGUCCGAAGGCGGUCGAUUUUUUUUUAAAAGCGGUAUUCGUAGGAGAUAUAUCUAAAAUGCGAAUCAUAAUACCAUUAUUGUGUAUACUUAUUUUUGCUUCGACAUAUAUUUAUGCUAGUCCAGGUGGGGACAAUGAAGGCAAGAAAAAACGCCCCCGAAACGAAGAAAGGCCUCCAAGACGUAACCGUCCAAAUAAGGGACCUGGACGUGGAAAUGACCCCUCUGCAACAACGAUAACAACAACCGAAUCUUCGACGACCACGACGGAACCAACUCCUCGUCCAAAUCGACCAGUCAAACCAGUUCGUUUCCAUGACAACAUGAAUAGAAAUGGUCCGAUGCCGGACCCUCAAAAAAAAAGCCGACGUCGACGGCCCACCUCUGGUGGGGGCACUGGGCAGCGUGGAAUCGGGAGUGUAAAGGGGGCUACAAGUGGUGCGCAGGGUUUACCUCAGACAAAGCAGGUGAACACGAAUAGUCUUUCGUCAGAGAUGAAGCUAAUGUUCUUGAAUGCACAUAAUGAUUUUAGAAGUCAAGUCCACAGUCCAACUGCAGCCAACAUGGUCCAGAUGGAAUGGGACGACAGCCUUGCCGAGAUGGCCCAAGGCUGGUCCGAUCAGUGCACCUUCGGCCAUGGCAAUCCGCCCAAUAUCUCUCCAUAUUCAUGGGUUGGUCAGAAUAUCUGGGCUGGAUCAGGGACCGGAUGGGAUCACUAUGGAAUGAUUGAAGAUUGGUAUAAUGAGGUAUCUGAUUUUAACUACCAGACCAACUCCUGCACUGGUAUAUGCGGCCAUUACACACAGGUUGUUUGGGCUGAGUCAACCCAUGUAGGAUGCGCCAUUACUACUUGUACCACAAUCCAGAACCUCGGUUGGUCACCAGCUACAAUAUUGGUCUGUAACUAUGGUGAAGGAGGAAAUUACGUAGGACAGAAGCCUUACGUGAGUGGUCCGCCUUGCAGUCAAUGUCCUUCCAGUCAUCAGAUAUGUGUAAACGGCAAACUAUGUGCUGCUGAAGGAUCAAAUCCUAACCCUGGGAAUGGGAAUGGUGGUGGCAACAACGGCGGUAACAAUGGUGGCAACAAUAGUGGCAACACUGGUAGUGGUGGCAACACAGGAGGAAACAACAGUGACAAUAUUGAAUGUGGAGGUACGUUGACAGAUGACCAGGGCUCCUUCACGUCGCCUGGUUGGUCUGCGCCAUACCCGUUAAACAGCCAUUGCGAAUGGAUAAUCCAGGGGAACCAAGGGGACCAGAUAACUUUGACAUUGACAUACAUGGAUAUCGAGGUUGGACCAUCAUGUUCUUGGGAUUAUCUUCAAAUUCAAACCUCUCCUUCUGACCCGGGUAUCAAGUACUGUGGGAUGCAGACCCCACCACAAAUCACUUCAGAUAGUGGUAUGAUGCUUAUCACUUUCCACUCAGAUUAUACCGUACCCCGUGGAGGGUUUACAACCAACUACAAGAUCAUCGAAAAUAAGCAAGAUGAAUGUGGUGGUAUCCUCCAAGGUGGAAAGGGUUCGCUUACUUCACCAGGCUGGCCUUCUCCUUACGGUCCACAACAAGACUGCCUAUGGACCAUUCGGGUUCCCCAGAACAAACGAGUACAGAUAUGGUUCACGGCAUUCAACCUUGAAGAUCACGAGACUUGUUCUUACGACCACGUCACUCUCAAACUCGGCGAUGAAAAAGUUCCGAUGAGAUUAUGUGGUUCAGAUGUGUCGACAGGCAAGUACACUUCCACCAGGCGUGAAGUUCUGCUGCGAUUCAGAUCGAUACAUGGUCAGGGUAAAAUAGGAUUCCGUGCACAAUUCAAGGCUGUUCGUUAAACAUUAUGUCAGUUAUUCAAGUAUCAUCAAGCAUCAGGUAUCAUCCAAGAGAUCCUUAGUAUUAUACACGAGUCAUGUUAAUUCACAAUGUGAAGAAUAAAAAGAAAAUAUGCUUAUGUGGAAUACUGCAUUCUUCAUUUUUUACUUUCACGUGUAAUUGCAACCAAACAUGUUUUGUUAAGUAUCUGUGGGGUUAACUCAGUCUUUUCAAAAUACCACGACUUCUUGACAACAUUGGUUUUGGCAUAAUGAGCCAAAGGGUUUCAACACUUAUUGAUUUGUCAAGUGUUGAUUAAGUGAGCACACUUAUUUACUAGUGUGAGCAAAACAUAAUAAAAGUUUUCAAAAUUAAGAAGGGUAAUAUUCUCAAAUUAAGAAAUUUGAUGAAUUAUAUCCUUUUAUGACCCAAUUACACAUCUCCUGACACGUUUGAACAUUUUGUCAUGCACCUGCGAGUUCAUUAAAUAGGCCUACUGUUCAAAUUUUGUAAAAUAUGUUGAACCGAUCCCUCAUUCAAUCAGUGGCGUUAUGAGCGAAUGAGAAACAUUUGACACAUAAAUACAAAAAUAUUAUUUGUGAUACAUUUUGACAUGAUAUUCAGAAAAUAUUUUCAUAACGACAAACCCCACCAUAGAAGACUUGAGACCAGUUUCGCUAACAGACCAUUUCACAAAGAUCCUGGAGAAAUUUAUUGCGAAGUGGUUGGUGGGUGACAUUGGCAAUGCGAUCGAUAAGUCACAGUUCGGCAACAGGAAAGGUCAUUCAACUGCACAUUAUUUGAUAGAUAUACUAAACACAAUUCAUCAGAAUGCCGAUAAACCAAAAAUGGUCUCAACCCUGGUGGCUACGGACUUCAGCAAAGCCUUCGACAGGAUAGAUCAUGGGCUAGCUGUUAGGAAACUGCUUGAUAUGGGGGCAUCUCCGUCCUUGGUGGCUUGGAUCUCCAAUUUCCUCUCCAACCGAAAGCAGAAUGUACGUUAUCUGUCUCAACUCUCUGAUUGGAUGGAGAUUUCGGCAGGUACUCCGCAAGGCACUCGACUUGGACCGAUAAUCUUCGUCUGAAUGAUCAACGACUUGUUCAAGGAUAGCGACCACCAAUAUUGGAAAUAUGUCGACGACCUCUCCCUGCUUGAAUGUAGGAAAUCAACGGAUCAAUUAAAAAUCCAAGAAGAAGUAAAUGAACUGGAGAAAUGGACCAAAGACAACUGCAUGAAACUGAACCCUAAGAAAUGUGUCGUAAUGAACGUUCAGUUUAUGAGAAACCCAACAUGUGUCCCAAAAGUAAUAAUUGAUGAUCAAGAACUAGGUGAAGUCCAUCUUGUUAAACUUUUAGGUGUGUUCGUACAAGAUGACUUAAAAUGGUCAUACCAUGUUACAGAAAUGGUCAAGGCAGCGAGCAUGAGGCUACACAUGAUGCGGAUCCUGAAAGGUUUUCGGCUACCAGUUGAGGAUUUGAAAGUAGUAUAUUGUUCUUAUGUGCGCCCGAAACUCGAAUACUGCGCCCCGGUUUGGCAUUCUGGCCUAACGCAGAAAGAAAAAAAAAUGAUUGAGAGAAUUCAGAAACGUGCGUGUCGCCUCAUGCUUGGCCAAAGGUACACCAGUUAUGAUGAUGCCCUCACUGUUCUUCACCUCCCAACAUUAGAAGAGAGAAGGGAAACGUUAACACUGAAACUAGCAAGUAACCUUACAAAAGAGACGUCCCCAUUCCAUCACUGGCUCCCUCCUACCAGAGCCAUUAGCACCUCCCGUAACCUGCGGAAUGCUGGGAAAUACUCUGAAAUUAAGUGCAAAACCCAGCGCUAUAAAAAGAGCGCACUGCCAUUCAUUGUGAGGCUACUCAACUCAAAAUCUGAAUAACUGGCUAAAUUAUAAUAAUGAUAACAAAUAAUACAUUGUAUGAAUAAUUGAUUUUUUAGUUGGCAGUAUGAAAAAAUGAAAUGAUUAGCAUCAGAGUUACUUAUUCUACUUAUAAUAUAGAUGCAGAUCAUAAAUUAUGCUCAAAUUAUAAAUCUUAAUGCUCUUGGACACAUUUUUUUUUUUUUAACACUUUUAUACAUUUCAAGCUGGAUAUCCCGCUAGUCUUUAUCAUGUUUGCCAAGGCAAUACUGUAUAUCAGUGUUUUAACGAUACAAAAAAUAUUUCUAUUGCCACCCAUAUUGUAUAAAUUAUAUGACCUUAAACUUUGUAUCCUUAAGCCUAUACUUGCACCGAAAGAUGCAUGGCAUAUAUAUCACAAAACAACCGUAUUGAAUUAUAUUAUAUUAUGAAAUCUUCAUCUAGUAAAAUCAUUUGUUAAAUCCUAUUACCAAUAUCCAUUUAUUCAGAUCAGAGUUUAGUUACUUAUGUCUUAUUUCAAUAUCUUAUUUUUAACAACUAUUGUGUGUGUAUUGUUUGUAUUAAUCAUUUUUGUAAAUUGCACGCAAUUCAGCCGUGAGGCUGCUAUAUGCAAAUGUUUUUAUACCAAAAUAAAUAUUUUAAAAAAAAUA